AUGGUUCAUGAGACUUUGCUGAGAAAACAGGCGAACGUUAUACGGUUGCUGUCCACAGAAGAGGUGCAAGAGAGAAUAUCAAGACCAGAUAAUGCAGCAGUAGCAUUCACUUUCCCUAUUACAUGUCUGCUGAAAAGCAAAAAAACACAGGCUGCAAGUACCAGUGCGCAGUUGUACACGUAUUCUUUGGAUGAAGAUGGUUUUAAGGAUUGGCGUGCGGACAUCGCAAAGCCGGCAGGGACCAGUUGCGAGGACGAGGUGGAGCUCUAUUGGGAUAUGAUUAUGUUGACCGAAGGCCAAUUUCUCCUUCCGGCAGCAGGCUCUGACGAAAGGAGAGAGAAACGGAACUUGAAAAGGUUCCAGAAAUACGUGGUCAAGCGCAUGGGUGCACGCCUAGACCAGAUCGUGAACUCGAAAAAGGCGCCUGCAGCCGUCGAAACGGCCUCUUGGAGGAAGCUGGGGUUUCGUUACACGUUGGCAUAUCUGCCGUUGCACUUCAAAGACGUUAUAUGGUGCAAGUCUGACGACGUAUACAUCCAUGUGAUCUUGCCGGAGACAGACCUAGGCUCGCGACGGCAGACGAAUGAGAGGGAGUGGCUGCUUGCCCUGCUCGAGCUGGCAAGUACCAUGGACAUGCAACGCAUGCGGCUGUACAUACGAAGGGAUGACCUGAACGGAGUGUCGACUUUUCUACGGAACUUAAGCUGGAUUGGCGGGAAGAUGGUGCCCAACGAGGAUAGGAAUGCCCGCAUUGGGGCCACUGCCGCUGGCGGAGACGAUGAGAUCGACGAGAUGCUGCUGGGCGACGAGGCUUUUGUCAUCUUAGAGUUCGAGUGCUGA